AUGAAAGGAGAGAUAACCUUGCCAGUAAACACCACAGGGACAAUCCAAGAAAUGAAGUUAUACAUGAUCGAAGGGGAAUUGAGGUACAAUGCUCUAUUCGGAAGGCCAUGGGUCCACAAUAUGAGGGCAAUACUCUCGACCUUGUACCAGACAUUGAAAUUUUCCAUACCAGGGGGAGUCAAAACAGUCUACGAAGAACAACCGGCCACAAGGGAUUUGUUUGUUGUCAACGAGGAGAAACAGGAAAAAUGGGGAGCAUACGAGGAGGACAAUUAUGGUGUCCCGAGAUCAUUCAUAGCUCAUGAUGACAUUAAUGAUACCAAAUCAAUGGUUGAAGAGUUGGAACAAGUCAUAUUAAUUGAGCGUAUGCUGGAUUAA